ACGCAGGGAGUGUCCCUCCUGCUGAUGUGGGGUGCGGCAGCAGCAGUUUGGGUGGUGGCUGUGGUAGGGCUUUGGGGUGGUGAGGCGGCUGCACAUGGGCGCUACACUUUAGGAGACGCUCUUAUAGACCCCACAGCACCAGGACCUGAUGGAAAACCGUAUCCAAGCGCGCUAAUCAAUCGCCUGUUUUCUGAGGGAGAGUUUCAGCCUUCUAGAAAAAUGCGGACGGGUAGAACUCUUCAUCGAACCCUGGACCCAGAGACUACAAGGGCGCGUCUCCUCUCCAUGUACCAGCAUACCAACAAGCCCCAGAUGCUGACGCCUGAGGGGCGCAGCAUGGCAACAGGGUCAUCCACCAAAAAUCUAGUAAGCAUGGCGGACGCAGUGAAGCUCGCCACGGCCACCACAAUUAAGGACGCGGCGCAGACCUCGUCGGGUGAGGGAGGAGUUCAGUGUCCUCAAGGUCCGCCCGCCCGCCUGUGCCGCACUAGUUAUAAUACCACGGCGCCCAUGUACGGCAUCAGCCUCACCUCAGGCCAGCCCGUCACUAUUGUGCAGAAGUUCCCUGAUCUCUUGCAGCAAGUGAUUUUCGAGAUUUGCGAGACAGACACAUGUGAUUUGCUGCAAGGUCAGUGUGUGCAGACCUACGUGCCUUACCUGUUCCUGGUCAUCCCUUUGGGCCCUGUCACCCUCACUGGGCAAGAUUACGUACUAGUGGAGUCUGGAUGCACGUGUCAACCUAAAUACAGCCAAGGGCCCAUACCAUCACCAGUAGAUGCUAUACCGGGACUUUAAAUUUUUUUGUGUUUUACCUCGAUAAACAUUUAGCUAUAGUGAAAAUUAUUGUGGUUUUCUUAGAGUGUUUUCAUGGUUCUUGUGAUUUUUGUGAUAAUUUCAGACUCUACAUCAUUAUUGGAAGGAAAAUCAUCACUAGAACGUGACAUAUCUUCUUUGUGGUCUGUGAAAGUAGACUUUGUGAGAGUACAAAACGUUUUAAAAAAUAAAAUCUCCUCUCACAUAAUUACUAUACAAGUUUAUGGAGUGCUUCGUGUUACUUAAGUGAAAGCUAAAAUUGAGGUAUAGAUUCUUGAUCCAGUAGAAAGCAUCGUUGUGAGUUGAACUAGUUUCUAUUCUAUUCUUUCUGGGUCCAUUUACUUAUUUUCUUAUUUUAUUUAUUUAUUCUUUCAUUUAUUUAUUCGUGUGUAUUUGUAAAUUUAUCUUUUCUUUUAAGUGUUUGUUUGUCUCUUUUCGCCACUGUUCUUGUUUUGUCUUUUGCGUUUUUUUUUUUUGCCACAGUUAAAGUUUUAUUUAUUUUUACUUUUCUUGCUUUCUUUUGUUCCUUUGUUCCCCUACCAAGUGUAUAUUCAACAUCAUUCCUUUGUAAAUAUCACACUGCAAUUCUCUUACUCAAUUGUUAGAGAAAAUAACCUUUUAUGCAUAUCUAAAGCGACACUUAAAAAAAAACUACAUAUCACCAGCUAUUUUUAUUUAUUUUUUUUCUAUUUUUAAUAUUUCCUCAGCAAGGUUCUAAUCCUGGCGGCUCUGGGAAGGUACAAAUAAAUACAAAGAA